UGGUAGAGCGUGGGAGAGUAAAGUGUGGUCAGUACUGGCCGAAAGAGGAGGGGACAACGGAGCAGCAUGGACACUUCCUGGUUCGGAACACAUCCAUCCAGCUAUAUCAGGACUUUAGACUGUCUCACCUGGAACUAUACAACAGCCAGACAGGUGAGAGGAGGGAGGUCUCCCACUACCUGUAUGUCAGCUGGCCAGACUUCGGUGUGCCCAAGUGUGCGUUGGCCAUGUUGGAUUUCCGUGAGCACGUGCAGCAGCGGCAGGAGGCGGCGCUGAGGAGUCUGGGAGCUGAGUGGGUGGGACCCCCAGGUGGCCCACCGCUGGUCGUACACUGCAGCGCAGGCAUCGGACGCACAGGUACGUUCUGUACCCUGGACAUCUGUCUGUCCAGGCUGGAGGACAUUGGGACGGUGGAUGUGUGUGAGACAGUAAGGAGGAUGAGGACCCAGAGAGCCUUCAGUAUACAGACCUGGGAUCAGUAUUACUUCUGCUACACGGCCGUCAUCGAGUACGCACAGCGACGCGGCAAACUGACCCCGGUACAGUGGUCCGAUUCAGACCUGGAGACAGACAGCGAGUGACGGGGAUGGGAUGGGUGGAGGAUGGAAUUAACGCAGGCUGAGGGAAAUGGAGGAGGGAUGGAAACAGGAUGUGUCCCAGGAAGAGGAAGAGGGUGGAGGAUGGAAUGAACGCAGGCUGAGGGAGAUGGAGGAGGGAUGGAAACAGGAUGUGUCCCAAGAAGAGGAAGA